AUGCAGUCUUUCCCGACUCUCGCUGCACCUUGUCGCCACGCAUAUCGAUGCCUUAGCCGUCGUGCCACCGCCUCCCGGAGCUUCCACCAAGCAGCCGCAAGCCAGUCCGGUCACAGUAGAUGGUCAAAAAUCAAGCACGAUAAAGCCAAAGCCGACAGUUCCAAGAACAAGGCCCGGAGUGUUUUUGCACAAGAAAUAGCCACGGCCUCGAAACUUUUUGGCGGCGACCCAAACUUCAACCCCAGACUGGCAGAUCUGAUUGUCAAGGCCAACAGGAGCGGCUUCGCAAAAGCUUCCAUCGAGGCUGCUAUAGCUCGUGGCCAAGGACGAUCCGUCAAUGGUGCCGCUCUGGAAACUGUCACCCUUGAGGCCAUGCUGCCCAACAACGUCGGUGUGGUCAUCGACUGCGAGACCGACAGCAGACUACGAACGCUGGCCGAUCUUCGAGUCAUCAUCAAGCAACAUGGUGGAAAUGCGACGCCCACAGGCUAUCUCUUCACCAAGAAGGGCAGGAUAAUAUUCGCCAACAAGGAUGGUGUAGGUGUGGACGAAGUCUUCGAGCCUGCUCUGGAAGCAGGUGCCCUGGAUGUAGAAGAAGAUGGCGAGGGUCGAGUGGUUGUAUACACCGAGCCGAGUGACACAAAGGCGACCGGAGAGACUUUGUCGGCAGCGCUGAGUCUAGACAUCGCCAGCUCAGAGAUCAUCUCGGAUGCCAACGAGGAUACCAAGGUGGCUCUGAGCAAUGCCGAAGCGACGCAGGAGCUGAUCAAGUUCGCCGACGCCAUCCAGGAUAAAGAGAACGGAGUGCAAGGCAUCUACAUGAACGUAGCCCAAGGUACGCUAGAAGAGGGAGCGUGGGCCGAGUUGCAGAGCAGAAUCACGGCUUGA